CUCAGUCAGCCAUAUUUGUUUUAUCGUGGUGAUAUAAGAAUAACUUUCUGUGAUAACUAGGAAUAUAUACGUUUUACUCUGUGUUUCCUAGUGGUUUUUAGACAUGCCGAAGUCUUCCACGUUUAGUGGUUUAUUAGAGAGAGCUACAAGUCAGCUUCAACUCGARCCAGACUGGGCUUCAAUCCUUCAAAUUUGUGACUGUAUUCGCCAACAAGAUGUUACCCCGAAAUUUGCCGUAGCAGCCAUCAAGAAAAAAAUGUUUGAUAAAAACCCCCAUGUAGCAAAAUUUGCCCUCAUUGUACUAGAGGCAUGUAUGAAGAAUUGUGGUUCUGGUGUCCAUGAAGAGAUUGGUACUAAAGAAUUCAUGGAGGAGAUGAGAAAUCUUAUCAGGACUGGUCAAGAACCUGUCAAAGACAAGGCUCUGGAGCUUAUACAGACAUGGGCACAUGUGUUCCGCAAUGAAACAAAAUACAAAAUUAUUACAGACACAUAUAACUUAAUGAAAAUGGAAGGAUGUCAAUUUCCAUCAUUCAAAGAGAGUGAGGCCAUGUUUUCUGCUGAUUGUGCACCAGCAUGGGCUGAGGGUGAUGUAUGUCAUAUGUGUCGUGUCAAGUUUGGAACAUUUCUCAGACAGCAUCAUUGUCGUAAGUGUGGUCAAGUGUUUUGUAGAAAAUGUUCUUCUAAAGAGUCCAUAAUUCCUCAGUUUGGUAUAGAGAGAGAGGUCAGAGUCUGUGAUCCUUGUUACUAUCAACUAAACCCACAGAGUAAAUCAGACAAGAGUGAGCAGAAGACAUCAUCAUCUUCAGACAAUGAUCUUCCUGCAGAAUAUUUAAACAGUGCUUUAAGUAAAGAAUCUCAGGCUCCUCCAAAACGAGAUCCACAACAACUAAAAGACCAGGAAGAGGAAGAGCUGCAGCUUGCCAUGGCAUUAUCACUAUCCCAAGAAGAAGCACAAAAAGAGAAAAAGCCUCUAKCACGUUCCUGGCCAUCACCAUCAGAUGGAAUUUCCAAUGGUUCAUCAAGCUCAAGCAGCAAAUUGUAUUCACCAGCUACUUAUGAUGAAGAGCCUGAAACUGCAGAUAUGGACCCUGAUCUUGCAAGAUACUUGAAUCGUUCAUACUGGGAAGGUAGACAUGAACAGCAGUCAUACCCUCCUCCAUCUGCACCAGAACAAUUAGUGAGUGAUGGUCCAGCACCUUAUAGCAAUCACGCAGAGCCAAAAAAGAAAAAGAAGAGUAAUCUUAAAGCUAAAUCAUACCAAGUUUUGGAAAAGACCUCUCAUGUUAAUCCACCGGCAGAAGAACAAGUUAAUGAAGCUGAUCAGAGCUCAGAAACAUUGGUGAACAAUUUCUGCAGUAGCCUAGAAAUGCUAUCUGAGCGCAUGCAAACCCUGUCAGGGAAAGGCAAGCACAUUGCUAUGGAUGCAACAAUUCAGUCAUUGUUUCAGACUGUAAGCGCUAUGCACCCACAACUUUUGAGAUUGAUAGAGCAGCAGGAGGGUGAAACAGAAAAAUAUGAAGCACUGAAAGAGAGGCUGGGGCUUGUCAAGGAAGCAAGAACAACUCUGGACAAUGCACGUGAACAACACAGAGAGAAAGUCAGACAACAAGAGCUUGAGCAAGACAUGUUAAGACGUAUGCAAAUUGAGCAAAAACUUGAAUUGAUGAGGCAACAAAAGGCAGAGUACAUUGCAUAUCAACAGCGYGUACAAGCAGAGAGGCAAAUGGCUUUGGAACAACAACARCAGCAGUUGAGACUUCAAAAAUAUGGACCACAAUCAUUUCCUGGACAACCAUAUGCUGGACAGUUUGGUGUUUCUGAUGGCAGCUCACCAUAUUCCUCCAUGGGUUACAUACCACCCACUAGUUUACCUCCUCAACAAGGUGAAGGCAGUCCAUACUCGUCUUUGAAUUACAUUCCUCCAUCAAGUGGUCAAGGAGUUACUCCAACAUCAAUCCCAACAGUUCCAGGGGGACCAAACAACAUGACAAACCAACAACCUCCUUAUACCCAACCUGGAUCACAGAACUAUCCAAACCAAGGCUUUCCAGAGAAUCCAGCAUCAAUGGACAACCAAACACGAUCUCAAUCACCACGUUUAGGACAACCUCCACAAUCCUACCAACAGAUGGAUUAUUCUCAAUAUACACCUGAUAUGACAGCAUCAAUGGUAAAUGGACAACCUCAAGUGCCUGACUAUCUGCAAACACCAGAAGUUCCUGGUAGUACUUAUCCUGGUCAAGCAGCCUUUCCUUCAUCAACAUAUCAGUCUCAAGCUUCCUCUCAACCACCACAGCAUGCUCAGGCAGCCAAUCAGCAAGCACCACAAGGCUACCUACCACAAGUUAACCAAUCACAGACAACAUAUGGCAGUCAACAGGCUCAGACUGGACCUCCUCAAUUCGCCCCACAUCAAGGACAUCAACUGGAUACUACUGGAUUUGGUCAACCACCUCCAUCUCAACAACCACUGCAACCUCAACAGCAACAACCAAUUCAACCUCAACAGCAACCAUUGAAUGCACAGCAACCACUGCCUUCUCAGCAGCAACAACUUUAUCAACCACUACCUCAACAUCAACAACAAACACAACCUCAACACCUGCAACAACAACAGCAACAACCAUCUCAGCAUCACCAACCACCAACUCAACAUCAGCAACAGCAACCAUUACCACCUCAACAGCCACACCAACAACCAAUACCACCUCAUCACCAGCAACAACCUCAACAACCACCCCCACCUCAACACCAGCAACAACCAUCCCCACCUCAACACCAGCAACAACAACCACAACUUCAACACCAGCAACCACCCCCACCUCAACACCAGCAACAACCAUCCCCACCUCAACACCAGCAACAACCACCACUUCAACACCAGCAACAACCACCACUUCAACACCAGCAACAACAACCACCUCAGCAGCAACAACAACCUCCACAACAGCAUCAAAUGUAUGAGCCUCAACCUCAGCAGUACCAGGCACCUUACUCCAACCCUCAGCAGUAUCAGCAACCUCCAGUAAAUCAGUAUUAUCAGCAACAGCCUUCUGGACCACCACCUCAACGACAACUGUCAGACCUUGAACUGAUUUCCUUUGAUUAGUUACAGAAACCUUUCAAUAUUUAGAUUUAUUAGACUAAUGCAGUGUUUUUGACAUCGUCAUUCACCUUGUAUAGAUGCUUAAUAUCCUCUAUGAUGCUCUCAGGGUGUAUCAUGCCUGUAAUAGAAUCAGUUCAUGUAUAUUCUUUUUAAUAUUUUACUCUGCCAGUGAUGUGAGGGAUUAUUGUAAAUAAUAAAAUAAUUACUCAAGAAUA